AUGAAAUCAUUCAUCAUCGUCGCUAUUGUUCUUCUUGGCUGUUUUGCCAUCAACGAAGCUCUUCAAUGCUACUCACAUGAUGUUUGCUCAACAAACUGUCCACAGCUUAGCAACACAAUCAAACAAUGUAAUGCUGAUGAAACUAAAUGCUACAAACUUGCAGCUGUUGCUGGUGUUAGCCGUGGUUGCGGCAAAGAUCGAUGCAACUUCCAAGCUGAUGUUGCUUCAAAUCUUGCUAACGUUUGCUGCGAAAGUAACCUAUGUAACUCGGCUGUUACACCAAAGAUGGCACUUAGCACAAUCUUCAUGGUUAUUGCUGCCUUUCUUUUCGCUCGUAUGUGA